AUGUCUCAUAGGAAGUUAACCCUUUGUCAACCAUUUCUAGAAGAACUACUAAUAAAACAACUAUUAGAACAGAGUACUGGUCUACUCAAUAUGCUAAUGUUAUUAUAUUAUAAUCAAACUAUGAAUAAACGCAUGAUAUUAUUUUUGAAUAAAUUAACUGUUAUUUUUCUAUGUAUACUCGGAUUAACGGAAUUAAGUUUAGCUCUUUGGACCGUAUUAGAAAAUCGUUAUAAAACAUUAGCUUAUACAUUAUCUGAUGUUGGUUAUAUUGAUAUAUGGUUAUUACGAUAUUUAUCAAUGGGCCUAUUUGGUGGUGGAACGAUAACAUUAUUCAUGUGUCUUAUAUUAAUUUGGGGUCUUUGUUCAGCUAGCGUUUUUUUAUUUAUUGCAUCGACAAUGCUGGCCUUUGUAAUUGCAGUCGAAUUUACGUUAGCCAUAGUAACAUUUACAAGUAAAUUCGAUGUACGAUUACUACUACAAGAACAACUGCCUAAAUUAGUGAUCCACUAUCGACAGGAAAAUGACGAGCGAGUAAACCAUGCGUUAGACGUUCUUCAUCAAGCAUUUAAAUGUUGUGGUUCUGAUGGACGUUUAUCGUUUCAAAAUCAAGCACCAGCUAGUUGUGGUAGCUCAAUUCGUCUCUAUACAACGGGCUGUCUAAUACGAACUAUAGAUUUUUUAAAUAUACACAUGGAUCUUAUGGCCUAUUUUCUCUUAUUUAUCAGUAUAUUGAAAUUAUUUAUCGUUAUCUACUAUUACACUUAUUUGUGUAUACGGAAAUAUUACAGAAAACAUCACCAGAAAGUAUUUGGAAACAAAAGUAUGAACGGUUGUCAGUCAUCGAGUUAUGAUUCAUCGAUAGAAAAUUUACCCAAAACAUUUUUAUCAAGAAAUAUUGAAGAGGUUUAUAAUGACGAAAUGAAUGAAAACAAUUAUAGUAAAAAAACACAACAUCAAAAACAACAAUCACCAUACGUCUUGGAUAGUAGUGGAAAGCGCUAUGAAACGUCAGUAAUAACAAUACCAAAACGUUAUCCAAGCGAACAAUUAACAGCUGCUGCUGUGAACGUCUAUGAACAACAACAAUCAUCUUCAUCAAAUCCAAGAAAACUCAGUUCAAUAUCAGAGAAAACGGAAAAAACCGAGACAGAUGACAGCGAUGCUGAUCUAAAAGCAAAACGGAUAUAUUACGAACAACAAAAACAUUCAAAUAGAAAUAUAAGAAAAGAAAGUUUAACAAGAGCCAUGCCAAAUUACAAUCAAAAAAUGACACCAUCAAUCAAUUCAAAAAAAAUUUCUGCAAUAAAAAGUCGACGAACUCACCGAAAUAAAAUCCCAACUAGUAAUAAUAAUUACGAGGAGGAGGAUAAUGAUUCCGGCGUUGAACGUUCGUCAUCUGAGAAAUCGUUUGAAGAUAAUAAACAACCACACCAUCAAGAAAAGAAAAAGCCACCUCCUAUACUUAGCUUUAGUAAUUUAUUUGUCACAAGUACUCUGCAUCAAAAUAAUGCUAAUGAGACAGCAACCGACAGUUUAACAAAAAAGUCAUCUUCAACUGUCUCAUCACUAUCGUCGGAUAAAGACUCCGAACAACAAUCUGCACCACAACCAUCAAAGAAUGUUACCAUUAAAAAAACAAUUUUAAAGAAAAAACAAGAAUCUCCGACGUCAGAUCAAGAUCAUAAACCACCGUCUUAUCUUGAACAAGAACAUUUAUCUUCUCCGUUAAUGAAAGACGGGUGGCAACAAGGUCCACCUCAUGCCGAAAAGACACUCGUGUCUUUAACAACUAAACCAAAUACAUUAACAUCAAAAUUCUUUCUACCAUUGAAAUCCAAACCCUUACCUUUGGUACCAACGCCUACUCCGAGAUCAACACUGAAACAAAACGUCGUUAAUAUCGGAGAUAAACGAGAUGAAAGUAAUGUGUAA